CUGUGGAUCCAGAUAAAUCUGGUCUGGAUAAAACCAACAGUUGUAUCAAAGAUUCCUCUUUGGUUGUAUCAACGUUGUCAACGUAUUCAUCCUAAGAUCAAUCUGAUUGAUCUGAGGUAUUCAUCACAGAUUACAAAGAAUUUAAAAUCCCUAAAAUAUAUGGUAUAUUAGAUGGUAUUGUAGAAAAAUUAUCAGAAUUGUCUGAAGGAAAAAGGCUCUACACGUGCUUAACGAAGUCUACAAAUAGUAGAGUUUCAAUGGCACAAGAACGGAAGAAUGCAAAUCAGGAAGUUCUAGCUCAGACUGAUGUAGUAGAUAACAAUGAUAAUAGGACUUCAUUCGAUAUGGCAAGCUCAACUCCUGCUGAAUUAACUAACCAUGUUAGUAAAACAUAUAUCAUAGCAGGAAUAACGCCUGGCCAGUUCCUUGAAUAUCAUGGGUCAUUCAACUUCUCUGACUUGCAAGCUAGAUUCAGCACAAUUUGUAAAGACUACAUGCCACCAUUAGACUUGAACAACUGGAGAAGAGGCAAGAGGACAGAUAACAAAAUUUAUAGAUUAAAGUUCCCCUAUGUCACUGAGGAAAGUAAGUUGAUAACGACAACAUGCUUUAUAUCAGAUUAUAGAGGAGUUGAAUACAAAGAGAACUAUAAAGCUGGAUCAUCUAUAUCCCUCAAUAUAACACUUGCUGGAAUGUUAGCAGUUUGUGUAUUGAAUCAGUUAGUGUCUAUAGGUAUAAAACUUAAUGUAAUGCUAUUAACACCUUUAGCUGCGGCAUGUUUUAAAAAAGAUGAUAUAAAAGAGCUAGCCAAAGCCACUUACUCAUCAACAGAACAAGUUCUCAAAGACAUUAAUUCAGGUUGUCAAUCUGGUGGACAGUAUCUACCAAAUGGAUACUUACAUGUUGCCCUUUGUUCAGUUAUUGUUUGUACUAAAGGUUUGACAAACAACAAGAUGAGGGAAAAUAUAAUAGGGAAGACAAUAAAGCAAUACUAUCAGUGUAUUGACCUAGCAAGCAGUUAGCAAAGGCUUGUGCUCAGACUAUGCUGACCACAACUGUGCAAGUCCUUCAACCAUCUUCUGGAGGAGCUACAGCUAGUGCACCUUCCUCACCUCAAAAUUAAUUUAACUUGUUACAUUCUUUAUUAAGAAGUUGAUUUUUCGUAAAAACCCCUCAUGCCUGAAAUGUGGACAUGUGGGGUUUCUGAAGUAUGUGAUUCAAUUAUAUCUUAUCCGGUUUCCAAUAAACAAUUAUAAAUAUA